GAGAAUCUCUGUGUCGCCUGAAGUGAUAACAUUCUCAUUAUUCACCCAAGGAGAGAGAUCGGAGCUAAAAAGCCAUCUCUCGCCGGAAAAUUUCUCAGUUUUCUUAUUACCUUAGCCACAGACAACAAGACGACAGAGGAAUCUAAUCUUAGCCCCCUUUCCUCUCUGUCUCUCUCUAUAUCUCUGUCUUUAGGCUUUGAGAUAUCUUCAACACGAAGCUUUUUGCUUCUUUUUUUUAUCUCUUUAAAAAAUUCCAGCCAAUGGUUCGAAUCCAAUAGUAGCUUCAAAGGUCAUGGAUUUAGUCAGGGGUUUGUGGAGGAAACAUAGAAGGAAGAUUUUGGUGACGACGACUUGUUUGGGAAGUGGGUAUUUGCUCUAUAAACUAUACAAUGCCCAUACUCGUAAGCUCGCUGAUUUGGAACGAGAGCUUGCUAAUGAGCGUGAAAACGACGAGAUCAUCAAAACCCAGUUGAGUUUUUGUAACCUCUCGUCUUUAUUUUUUGCUUGUUUAUCGAUUUCUAGUCCUUAUUGGUUUUGUUCUCUCUAUGCUCUAUGUUAGAAUGAAGGCACAUUUCGAUAACAUUCAGAUGAUUGCUGAUACUACUACAUUGCCUCACGCAAUUCAUCACUUGAGUAGUCGUGUAGUUGAAGAGAUUGAUGUCUCGAGUAUUAUGGAUAAGCUAAGCAAAGGCAAAGGAAUAUUGAUUCCUUCUGAGAAGCUUCAACUCUGGAAUGAGCUCAAAAUUUUGAGUUUCACGAGAAUGGUCUUGUCCCUUUGGUCGGUCACUAUGCUUAGUUUGUACAUUAGGGUUCAAGUCAAUAUUUUGGGCAGACAUUUAUAUAUCGACACUGCUAGAGGUCUUGGGAGCUCCCAUUUACUUGACGAACUAGAUCUCAUAGAGAGAGAUGAUGAACAAAAGUUUUUGACAAGCGCUGAUUUUCUUGCGACCAGUGGCAUGCCGAGUUUGAUUUCUAACAUGCAGAACGCAGUGAAAGAAGUUCUCAAGGGAAAGCAGUUAAAGGAUGUGUUAACCACAAGUGCUCUUCGAGAAACUGUGAUGCGGAUUCUCGAUGUGUUUAUGAGCACAGGAAGUCCACACCACUGGGUAGAUUAUCUAAUGAUGUCCCAAGACGCAACCACUGAUGUUUCCUCUUCUGAUGCAACUGUUACCAAGUUUCAUCUACUCAUAACCGAGACACGGGAAGUACUCACAAGCAAUGAUUUUUCAAAUGUAGCAGAGAUCUCACUCAAGUGUUGUGCCGUUGCGUUAGUAGAGGAGAUGGAAACGCAGACCGGUCUGGCCACAGGGAUGCAAUUGGCAAAGCUAUUACCACAGAUUGAGAAAACCAUGCCGGAGAUUUCAGCUGAGCCGGAGAAGAACCGGUUCUUGCAACUCAUCCGAGAUUUGCCUGAAGUUAAACUCUUUUUUACUCUUUUAUACGCAAAUAUGCCUCAGUAGCAUUAUUAAACCCCAUUGCCAAAAAUUGUUUCCUGAUCACUUUUUAUCAUAUGUUUCGAUUUACUUCAAAAUAGUAAAACCAAACAUCUCUAGAAUAAUUGUUCAAUAUCUAUAUCAAAUCAUUUACUAAUAUAGUAAUAUUGCAGCAAC